AUGGAGAUCACUCCUGUUAACAUAAGAGAAUCUAGAUCCAGAUCUAGAUCAAGAUCAAGAACAAGAAACUCGACUGCUAAUUCACGAUCAACUAGCAGCACUCGAAGACCUAGUUUAGGCUCAAAAAAAUCAUUAAGUUCUUCAUCAAUUAAUAAAAUUACAAUUAUACCAACUCAAAUAGAUAAUGAAAGAUCAAUACCAUCGGUUCAAGUGUUUUUAGAUAAUACAUUACCUACAGAAUUCUUUAAACAAGAUAUUUUAGCAUUAACAAAAACAUUAAAAAUUAGUAAAUGGCAUAAAAAACAAUUGAAUAUUCAAAAUUUAAUAAUUAAUAGAAUUAGUGGAGCAUUAACAAAUUCAAUUUAUAAAAUUGAAUAUCAUGAUUCAGCUCAAAAUUUAUAUUUACCUGCAUUAUUAUUACGAGUUUAUGGUAGAAAUGUAGAUGAAUUAAUUGAUAGAGAUAACGAAUUACAGAUUCUAGUUAAAUUAUCACAAAAAAGAAUUGGACCUAGAUUAUUAGGAAUUUUUACAAAUGGUAGAUUUGAACAGUUUUUAGAUGGUUUUACAACUUUAAAUAAAUCGCAAAUUAGAGAUGAAAUUAUUUCUCAAAUGUUAGGUAGAAGAAUGAAAGAUUUACAUUAUAAAAUUGAAUUAGAUGCGAAAGAUUAUGAAAAAUUACCUACUUGUUGGUAUUUAAUUGAAAAAUGGUUAAAAAUUAUAGAAAAUGAAUAUUUACCAGGAUAUGUGCAAGCUAAAAUUGAUCCAAAAACUAUAUUUUUUAUGAAUUUUCAAGAUUAUAAAUCAUUAAUUUUUAAAUAUAAAGAUUGGUUGUUCGACAAAUAUGAUGAAUUGGAAUUUAGUUUAAAUUAUAAGUUUUGCCAUAAUGAUACUCAAUAUGGGAAUUUAUUAUUACAUGAAUCUUUUAAACCAGAAGAUAUAAUAGUUAAUCAAGGUGAUUCUGACGAAGUUAACAUUAAAUCAACAUCAAAUAAAAAAGAUUCAAAUUUAGUAGUUAUUGAUUUUGAAUAUUCAGGACCAAAUUUCCCUGCAUUUGAUAUUGUAAAUCAUUUUAGCGAAUGGAUGGCUGAUUAUCAUGAUCCAAUAAAAUCAUAUUAUAUAAAUGAAGAAAAAUAUCCAACAAAAUUACAACAAUUAAAUUUGAUAAAGUCGUAUAUUGAAUAUGAUUUUCAAUAUCCAUCAUCAAAUUUAAAAACUAAUAAAAAACCACAAGAAAUAUUAAAUGAUACUUCUUCUGCAUCAAGAUUAAUUCAACUGGAGAUUGAAAAAUUAUAUAAUGAAUGUAUUUAUUGGAGACCUUCAGUUCAAAUAUUUUGGAGUUUAUGGGGAUUAAUUCAAAAUGGCCCAAUUAAAUCAACCACCGAAAUUGAAAAUGGUACUAUGGAACAAGGAAUUGAUAGUACUUAUAAUAUUACAACUGCAUUAGAUUCAAUUCAUUUAGAAGAUAUUAAAGAUUUACCAGUUAUUGAAGAUGGUGAAGCUAUAACUUCAAGUGAUGAUGAUUUCGAUUAUAUAAAAUAUUCAAAUCAAAAAAUUGCAUUAAUACUAGGAGAUUUAAUACAAUUUAGACUAUUUGAUAAAGAGUACAUUAAUGUAUUAGACCGGGAUCUUAUUAAAUAUUUAAACACUGAUUUAUUUGAAAUAUAG